GGCACACUAAGACGCAAACAACAAAAUAACACACUGCACAUUAACUAUUUCUUCGUCUAAUACUGAAAUAACCAAAGCAAAAUGGGUGAACGCUACAACAUCCAUAGCCAGCUGGAGCAUCUGCAGAGCAAGUACAUCGGAACUGGACACGCAGAUACCACCAAGUUCGAGUGGCUAACGAAUCAACAUCGCGACUCUUUAGCCAGCUACAUGGGUCACUACGAUAUUCUCAACUACUUUGCCAUAGCGGAAAAUGAAUCGAAGGCACGAGUGCGAUUCAAUCUGAUGGAGCGAAUGCUGCAGCCAUGUGGGCCACCACCUGAAAAGCUAGAGGAUUAAGAAAAACAAUUUUAAUAAUAAAGAAAAUAAUUGACAAGAAAA